AUGGACCACAUUAGGAAACACCUGACCUUCUUCAAUACCUUCUGGAACAAGUGUCUGCCCAACGGAAGUCCAAAUAGCCACUCGCUGGAGUUCUGGGAGUCAGAUCCUGGGUCUCUCCAUCCCACCCUGGACCCGGAUCCUACAGAGCCCACGUUCUCCCUCUUCGGUGUGCUGUGCGACUUCACAGCCAGGAGUGCCGAUGAACUGAGUGUCAACAAGGGGGACAAACUUUGUAUCCUCAAAGAAGAUGGAGGGUACGUCUUGGCGAGACGGCUCUCCGGGGACCCGAACAUGGGCUACGUCCCAGCCAACUAUAUCAGCAAGAUCACUCAGGAACCUGUUGCCCAACAGCCCUGGUACAUAAGCGGAAUCGGCAGAAACAAGGCCAACUACCUCCUCCUCUCACCUCCAAAUCGCCAUGGAUCCUUUCUCAUCCGGGACAGCGAGAGUAACAGAGGAGAAUACUCUUUGUCAGUUCGGAACCACACCAAAGUGCGACACUUCAGAAUCUACAAGGAGCCAGGAGGAAACAUUUACUUAGAAAAGGGUCACACGUUUCCAAGCCUGGAGCAGCUCCUUGACUACUACACGGUCAACUGGAAGGUCAUACAGACUCCUCUGCUUCUGCCCUGCAUCCAAAAGAGGCCUCUGGAGACAGACCAGUGGGAGCGUCCCCGUUCGGAGUUCCAGCUCUGGAGGAAGAUGGGAGAAGGAUAUUUUGGAGAGGUGUGGGAAGGGAUGUGGAAGAACACAGUGCCGGUGGCCAUCAAAAUCAUGAAGCAAGCUGACAUGCGGGACGACUUUGCCAAGGAGAUCCAGAACCUGAAGCGCCUGAAGCACGCCAGACUCAUCAAGCUCCUGGCCAUCUGCUCCGUGGGCGAGCCCGUGUACAUCGUCACCGAGCUGAUGCGGAAGGGCAACCUGCACGGCUUCCUGAACAGUGCAGCAGGGAAGGAACUGACCACACAUCACCUGCUCAGCAUCUCAUGCCAAGUGGCGGAUGGGAUGACAUACCUGGAAGAACAGCACGUUGUUCACAGAGACCUGGCUGCCAGAAACAUCCUCGUGGGAGAUGACCUUUCUUGCAAGAUUGCUGAUUUCGGCCUGGCCAGGCUCCUAAAGGAUGACAUCUACUCCACCUCUGGCAGUGCCCUGAUCCCUGUGAAAUGGACAGCGCCGGAAGCGGCCAUCUACCAGACCUAUUCGGCGAAAUCAGACGUUUGGUCCUAUGGCAUUUUUCUCUAUGAGGUUUUCACAUAUGGGCAAUGCCCUUAUGAAGGGUUGACCAACCAAGAAACUAUCCAGCAGAUUACUCGGGGAUACCGCCUCCCCCGCCCAAAUAGCUGCUCUCCCGAAAUUUAUAGCAUCAUGCUAGAAUGCUGGAAGGGCCAUCCAGAAGACCGGCCGACUUUCCUCAGCUUGAAGGAGACACUGUUUUCCAUCUACAGGUGGGCUUAUCAUCCGUUCUCCUGAAGGGGAGACCCCUCCAGCGGUGUUUCAGACAGACAGUAAACACUGCACCUUCACCUGGAUGAGGAAAACUGCUGGAAGCAGCCAGGUCAAGCCAGCCAUCGGCUUGGAGAAAUCCAUGCAUUUGAAGCUGGAUCAUAUGAAGGCCUGAUUCUCAGGAAGGGCUACACGGAAGCACCCCAGUUCUGGCUAGGGAUGGGGUCCCUGGAAUUUGCUUGCUGUAUCUCCCAGAAGAUAAUUAUUCUGUAUAACUGCUGUAUCGCCAAGAAGUCUUUAUGAAAAGGAACAAAAGUUUUAUGCUCUCCACAGGAAAGCUACGCACUGGUUUGUGUGUGCCCGUUGACUUCCAUUAUUUGACAAAUGUGUGCAUGUGUGAUGCUGGACGGUGUUGUUUCGGUGCAGGAUGGAAUGAACCCCUUGCAGGUGCAGAAUCCUGGGAUGCCUGCAGCUCCCAGGAUUCCCCAGCCAGCCGGAGCAUGCCUAUCGAUGUAGGACGUUUUCUGCCUCACCUGGACAGGUUGGCUUCUUAGUGAUCUUUGCCCCAUUCCUACUCCUAUGACAUGGUCAGUACGCAAAUAAAUACGCAAUUCUUGGUGCUGUGGAAUUUCAGCUAGGUUCUUAAUAGUUAUCAUCUCAUCUCAAUAUUAUCAUUAUAACUGUUUCUAUGCUACCCAACAGCCAAAGUUUUCUGGGUGCUUUACAACUGUGCCUAAAAUACAGUUAGAAUACAAUAGAAAAGUACACGUAAGAAUAAAAUAUCGUAAGAAUUAUGCUACCAAACUGAGACACCAGAUUUAAAAUGGAGCUUAACAACCACAAUAUGUAACAGAAGUUAGGACAUAAGAUCUGUUAGAAUGCUCGGGCAAAAUCUGGUAGCUAGUUUAACAAUGAGGGCUAGAAAGGCUGGUCUUGUAACACCCAUUCCAGCGCUCUUGCCUUGCCUGCCCAUAUACUUCCAAGCUCAGUUCAAGUUGCUGGCUUUGACCUACACAGUCCUGCACAACUUCUCACACUGAGAGGAAGAAAAGUUUAUUAUUUUCCAAACCACAAAUCAUGUACCAGUCACUCCGAUUUGCAAACAGCCAAAAGGUCGCAGUGGUUAGAAUGAAUUACUGGGACUUGGGAGAUGUGGAUGCCAGUCCCCACUUGCUGAUGAAGCUCAUUGGUUAAUUUUUGGCCACGCGCAGACUCUCAGCCGUACCUACCUCACAGGGUUGUUGUGAGGAUAAAAUGGAGAGGAAGAAAAUUAUGUAAAUUAUCUUGGGUUCCUAAGAAAGAGAACAGUCAGAAAAUAAAUAUCAUAAAUAAAGAGAAAAUCCUUUCCUGUCA